GUAGCGCCGCCUACCUGCGAAGAAGAAAAGCAGGUUGAUCGAAGAAAAGUUGGUACGAAGGAAAAAGGCUGUGUGCAAGGUGUUGGGCCGAAGAAAGAAAAAAAUAAGAAAAGGAGUGGUGGACCCGGGCAGUGGGCUAAAUUGAGUUUCAUUUGUAGUUUGAGAUGGCAGAAGACGGGAUGUUCCGAAUUGAGAAAUUCGAUGGUACAGAUUUUAGUUGGUGGAAGAUGCAAAUUGAAGAUUUGCUGGUUCAGAAAGAUUUGGACGUGGUUUUGGGUGACAAGACAGGAAAGAUGUCGGAUGCAGAUUGGGCAGGUUUGGAUCGGAAAGCAAUGUCCGUGAUCCAUCUCUCGUUGACCAAGAAUGUUGCGUUCAACAUUCUGAAGAAGAAGACAGCGAAGGGAAUUAUGGAAGCGCUGUCUAAUAUGUACGAGAAGCCAUCUGCAGCUAACAAAGUUUUUCUGAUUAGAGAGCUGGUGAAUACAAGGAUGAGAGAAGGCACUUUAGUUACCGAGCAUAUCAACAAGUUGAAUUCGAUCUUAGCUAGACUUGCGUCAGUGGGCAUUAAGUUCGAUGAUGAAGUUCAAGCUUUGCUACUGCUAUCGUCUUUGCUUGAUAGUUGGUCCGGAACGGUUACAGUGGUUACCGGUUCAGUGGGGCCUGAUGGAUUCACCUUUGAUCAGAUUCGAGAUCUCGUUCUUGGCAAGGAUGUCAGAAGAAAGAGUUCAGGGGAGUCAUCUGGUGAAUUACUUCAUGUUGGUAGAGGCAGAAGAAAUAGCAGAGGCUCUACGAGUGACGAGGAGGUCACUUUGACUUGCUGCGAGGAAAGCAAUGUGGAUUCCUGGGUCAUGGAUUCUGGUGCUUCAUUUCAUGCCACCCACAGCGGUGAAGCAUUGCAGAAUCUAGUUGUUGGGGACUUUGGAAAGAUACGACUAGCGGACGACAGUGCUCUUGAGGUGACGGGCAUGGGUGACAUGGUGUUGAAGACCUUAGUCGGUUUCUGGACUUUGAAGGAUGUCAGAGUGGUUCCAGCCUUGAAGAAAAGUUUGAUUUCUGUCAGGCAGUUGGACGAACAGGGACACGAGGUAAAGUUCAUAGAUGGACAGUGGAAGGUCGUGAAGGUAAAUCUUGUCAUAGCCCGUGGAAAGAAGAGAGGUUCGUUGUACAUGGUCAGGUUACCAUCUGAGGGAGUGACCGUCCCAGUUCAGAAGAGAAACAAAGUCCGGUUCACAGAGUCUCGUGGGCAGAAUAAGGUUGUCUGUGCAAGAGAGAAACCUAGAGCCACUGGUCAGACUCAGGAUGAACGAGCGUGGAAAGGUUCAAGGGGACCAGUCAGAGGUAUUUAUGGCAGUGGGAGCUCAAGAGGCGCUUCAGCCAAGUUGCCUAGAAGACAGUGGGUCAAGAGAACCAGUAUUCCAGCUGUUGGAACAUCUCCGGAAAAUUUCUUGCUGAGUACGGAGAGUGUUUGUUCUCAGGAUGUUCCAGGAUCCGGCAGUGUGCGUCUGCAGUGGGAGCCGGUAGGGACCGAGGACGAGUCAGGGGCAGAUUUUGCCGUGACUGAUGUGUUGGAGCUUGGGAGAGCUUCAACGGGCCUUUCAGUUGUCUGAUGAUAGGGCCGCUGCAACAGGAGAGCUGAGGAAGAUUACUCGAUACAGGCGAUCGUGGCGGAUGGCAGUUGAUGUUUAUCAAGCCUCCACAAAGCCCAACAAAAAUAACUAUCAAAGUGGAGAAAUGAAAAAAUGACACCCUU